GCCGCAGCCAGGCCUGGCAUUCGCCGGCGCAGAUUCGGCAUCAUAACAAACCUGCUUGGGAGCCUCGUCGUUUCCAUGGUCGCGGCUGUUCCGGUCUCUGCGGCCUUGGGCCCUUUGUGGGGUAGUACUGAAAGUUACCAAGUUUCAAGAAGAUUCCUAAGGACAAUAAUUCCAAUUUCAAAGGGGUCUUUUUAGCUGCAUUUCAAUCACAUGCACAAGACAAUGGAUAUUGUGGGGGACCAAAGUGCAUGGGCCUCAGUGUCCAUUUCACUUAUUUAACCCAAUGAACCCUGCAAAUCAAAUCUCCAGUUUCAUGUAUAAAUUUCCUGGGAUUCAGGUAUGGAGCUUGAUGAGAGAUAAAAGCAAAAUAAAUUUCUGCCAACCAGUUUAGGCCUCCGGGCUAGAGGUUUUUGUCCAUGCCUUUUGCAAUUGGUGUCAUAUUCUUAUCCACCUGCAUGCAAUUUAUGCAAGGAUUUUGUGUGCACAUUGAAGUUGCUCUAAUUGCUGUACCAGAGUAGCAUCAAUUUUUUUUGCAAAAUGGCACCUUAAAAUUCUAUGCUGCUAGAUGGGCUCUUGCAUUGCAUACUGUAGAACUGAGUUGUGAGAAAGUAAGGCCUCCAGAGAUGUACUGUGAAACCAACUAUGAAAUCUAAACUGGAUUUGAUAGGCUUUUAACCAGAUCCAGCAAUGCUAUGAUGUUCUUAGGUUAGAUGUAAAACUGAAAUUAAAAUGUUCUUAUUAAAGUGUCACAGUCAUGUAUUCAUGGGCACAGUUCUGUGCAUUUAGGAGCAACCUUAGUUGAAUGCAUAAGGGAUUCCUUGUGAGUACAUUAAACAUGUAUAGGAUACUGUUAUCAGUCUUCAUAACAUUUGUAACACAUGUAGGAUAUUUAUCUUGCCUUUUCUCAUGACUGUAGAAAUAUAGGAUCAGAAAGAAUACAAAGGUCAUGCAGUUCAUUGACAAUUGUGCUAGUCUUUAAUUAAAUCCCCUAGAGGAGCAGAUCCCAUCUGAUCUUGGAAGCUAAGCAGGGUCAGUCCUAGUUAGUACUUGGAUGGGACACCACCACAAAUAGCAGAUGCUGCAGAUUACAUAUCAGAGAAAGGAAUUUCAAAACCACUCUGCUCAUCCUUGGCCUACAAAAUCACUGUAAAAUUCAUGGGAUCAGCAUAAAUUGCUGAACAAUUUUCAGGCACGUUGAGAUUCAUUGGGGAAAUAUUGGCAGCCAAAGCAUGGUCAGGAACCUUUAACUGGGCAAGGGGGAAAAUUUUUGCUCUCAGCAUAUGUAGGCUGCCUGAGUUGGGAAGGAUGAUAAGCCUUCAAAAAGUUUUUUAAAAAAUAAGAGAAAAAUUGUAACGGGAAGUGACUAGUUUUCAACUUUCAGUUUCACCUGUGUUGGAUGGUUGGAUUUUUUGAGUCAAGGGAAAACUAGGAUUAGAAUGCAGUACAUCAAGCACUUUACAUGACAAUGAGAUAUAUGUUUAAUUGCUUAGAUCUAGACAAUUCAACAUCUGGGAAGCUCAAAGACGUCAUUAUGCCAUAUGAGAUUUUUGGUGACUUAUUCUGUUUCUUCUACAUAAAAAAGCGAAAGUCUCAGCAUAAUAAUAAUAAUAAUAAUAAUAAUAAUAAUAAUAAUAAUAAUCAACUUUAUUUAUACCCCGCCACCAUCUCCCCAAUGGGGACUCGGGGCGGCUUACAUGGGGCCAUGCCCAGAACAAUACAAUAUCACAUAAUAUAAAUAAAACAACAAAGCAUAACACAUUAAACAAUACAAUAAAAGAUAAUAUGCACUACAUUAAACAAAAUCAAAAGAACAAUAAAACCAAGGGCAGGCCACAUGAACACUAGGUUAAAAACUCGAGGUGAGAAAGGGAAUAGGAAUAAACCACAGAAAACAGGGUCAUAAAGUAUUGGCAAAAGUCUGACUCAGCUACAAAUUCCUUCACGACUCUUCAGUUUAAUUUUUUAAAACAUACAGUAGCAUAAGUUUCAAUACUUGUUGGAAUUUUAAACUUGAUUCAUCUUGAAUUAGGCAAGUAUGGAAUUCCUUUGUAGGCAAUGGCCAAAUGAUACAGAAAUCACGUUGCAAGAUAGCCUGUGGCUCCUGUAGAUGUUGGACUAAAAGCUUCCUAUAUAUAUGAGCAUUGGCCGGAUAGCUGAAACUGAUGACAGCUGAAUCUGUUACCAUUUGAUGGGCCUUGAAUUCCUCCCAUGUGUUGUAAUCUGAAUGCAUUUGAUUUACUUGGUGCCUCUCUGCCCACCUCAAACAAUGAGUUGCUUGAAAUAGGGUUGGCUUUGCAUGGCAGGAUAAUUGUUAAUCUGAUACUCAGUGACCAGUGUUUAUGUUUGUCUGAGGGGUUGGAGGAAGGACAAAUCCCAUUUGGCACAGAUCAGCUUUAGCAGCUAUCAGAACUGUGUGCAAUUUUUUAAAUUUAGAAAUGUAUGUGAUAAGACACUGAGUAGAAUUUGCCCUCGGGGGUUACAAAAUUGAUGCUCAGUUUUGCAAUCCUCUUACUUGAUGUUGCCUAGAAUAAUAAACAUUUCAACAAAUGAAAUAUGGAAUUCUAUUCUUGCUGUACAGGCUUCCAGUCCAUUUAUGCCAUGAUUUGCCUCAGUGUCUGUUAAAAGAAAUAAAAUGAAAAAGUCCACCCAGCCCCUUCUUUGACUCUUUUCUUUUUGGUAAUUUGAGAAAGCCAAAGAAAUUGAAUGAACUGGUAUAUUUCUAAGACAGAGAUGGGGAACCUUUGCUCCUCUAAAUGUUUUGGAUUGCAUUUCCCAUAAUUCUUUACUAUUUGCCAUUAUUGGUGGGAACUUUUGGGCAGUGAAGUUUAAACUGUCUGGACGGUUUCAUUAUAAGAGCUGCAGGCUGUUUUACAGAAGAAUGAAAUGGUGAAUUAAGAAAGUUUUUUGUAAAUCUUACCCAGUGUGGUGUAGUGUUUUGAAUGUUGGAUUAGUACUCUGGAGACCAGAGUCCUAAUCCAGUUGGUCAGUGGUCUGAAACCCACUGGACAACCUCAUCAAAUUCUAUUAGUCUCAGAAAAAGAUACAGUAGAGUCUCGCUUAUCCAAGACUCGCUUAUCCAACGUUCUGGAUUAUCAAACGCAUUUUUGUAGUCAAUGUUUUCAAUACAUCGUGAUAUUUUGGUGCUUGUGGAAUCUGUCUCAUUGUACCUGGUGUAGGCACUUAAAAAUCCACUGUCCCAUCUGAAAGACUUUUUGGAGUUUGAAAUAAAGUAGAUUCUUUGUAGUGUAGGCUACAGUUGAAUGAGUGUACAUCACAGUAAAUUUUUUUGAUUAUUUUUUAAAAAAAUGUUAGCUUGAUCUGCACCAGCUCUUGUGUGUAAACAAAAAGAAAAGAAGGAAAAGAAAAGUCAACUAACAAGAAAGUAAACAUUUCCCUUUUAUAGGAUUUGUGAUGUCAAGAUAAACAAAAUAGUCUUAUUUCAAUCAGUUGCAGUGAUCUUGUUUUCUAAACUCAGUUUUUGUUUUGUGUUCGGACGAACUGUGCUCAUCACUUUUCAGAGCUAGCUUUGUGAUUGCAUUCCACAGAAAAUGUGCUUAGGCAGGGAACUUGCUUUCCUUUCUGUCCAUUUUCCUUCAGGGACUGACAUAUUUUCUUUGUUAAUGUUGUUUAAAAUAUUCCCUAAUAGGAUUUUUUUGCCAGAGGACAUGGAGCUUUCUGCUAAUGAACUUAGCAUUUAUGAUAAACUCUCUGAGACCAUUGACUUGGUGAGACAGACUGGUUACCAGUGUGGUAUGUCUGAAAAAGCCAUUGAGAAAUUCAUCAGACAACUCUUGGAAAAAAAUGAACCCCAAAGGGGACCUCCACGCUACCCCCUCUUGAUGUUUCUGUAUAAGGGCCUGGUUACCUUGGGGUUAGUUCUGCUGACUGCAUACUUCAUGAUUCAGCCACAUACCCUUUCUGUGCCUGAAACGACCCUCUCCAGAGCCCAUGUGUGGGGCUCCCUCAUGAAUCACAUCCGGCUUCUGCCUUUACCCAUUACGAAGAAGUAUAUGCUGGAAAAGUGUCAAGACUGGUUGAAUUUAGACUGUAGACAGAAUGCAUCUCUGCCUGCCAACUGCUCUUGUUGUUGUUCUGUGAAGAACCUUGUGGUGGGAGCUGAUCAGGGACUACUGUCUGAAAAGUUCCUGCAACUGCAGCCGUUUUUUAUCAAGACAGGACAGCAUCGGCCUUUUGCGGAAAUAAAAUAUUUUCAGUAUUUGUAUCCUGAAUUGACAAAUUUUGUGAUACAAGAGGAUUCAUUUGAGAGAUGGCGCAACCACCCAAGGCAGAGACUACCAUUUCAGAUGUUCCGGCAAAAAUCUCUGAAUAAAACUCAGAUUCUGCAGGAAUUGUUUCCUAUCUUCUCUUCACUGCUGUAUCCAAAGUCUGUUUCUCUUGAAAACUGUUUUCUCAUCCACCAUCCACGGCUUCAGGAUAAGACCUACAGAUUACAGAAUGUCUUUGUGGUUGGGAGCGGGCAGCUUACCUUGAAUGUUGUCCCUUCUUCAUUGUGCAGAACCCAUUGUGAGACUUUGAUGGUGGAACUGGAAGCUGGAGAUAUUGGUUUUGCAAAUAUGGAUUAUUGGUCAACAAGCUUCAGCUCCAAGGGAUCAGAACCCACUGUUGUUUGUGAUGGAUCUGUCAGUUAAAAGCUGCAAUAAACGAGAUUGUUGCAGUGCACUCAGGACCACAGAGGAGGAAGCAGAGCACAAGAAGAAGAAAUAAGACUGCUGUAGCCACCAUUUCCAGGGACGUGUUGGUCCUUAUUCUUCGAAGUGGAGGUGUGCACUUCUGAAAGAUGUCUUCUGGCUUCUGUAUCCCUUUGGCUUUUCCCUCAAAUGUUUGGUAGGGCUUGGAGGAACACUUUCUCUCUUGCAAGCUGUAGGUUUGUUUUUGAAAUCUGGUGGACAGAUUUUGGAGAGGAUAAUGACUUGUCAUGUGUUCUCUGUGAUACAUGCUGUCUUCGAAGUGGAAAUCCUUACAGUAUGUAACACUUUUUUUCCAGAAAUCCUGGCGAGGUAACGCUAUUACCGCCGAUGGGUCUGUUUCUGGAUAACUUUUGCAGAAUGAUGAAACUACUGAAAUAUUAUGCAGGGAUGCAACUGUCCCUUGGAGGAAGUAUAUGCUCAGGUUCUGGUUCUGUUUUACAGAAGAACUUUAUCCACAGCUGCAUUUUUCCAUACUUGCCUUGUUGUGAUGACCUUUAUACGUUAUAACAACAUUCAGGCAUUCUUUUCAGUAAAGAACAAAACAAAAACACAAACUGUUUCUUUUUGCUAACCCAACAAAGUUAGCAUUUGGUAUGACUUUAUGCUGUCCAGUCAUCCGUCAAAUGUGUGUGGCUGAGGUGGAGUUUGUAUAGCUGACAAGGAUAAGUGUUCCGCAAGUUUCUUUUCCAUUUCUCUUCACUAAUGUAGAAAUGCAUAUUUUUGUUGCUUCACUGCUCUGAGUCAAUUUAAUGCCAAAUCCAAGAUUGUUUCAAACUGACUAAUAAGUGCAUCAAGCAGCCAACUUUGCUGGAGGAUGACUUUUUCUUUUCUUUUCCUUUCUCCUCCCAGAACAUUCUGAUCAUUAUUCUCUUGUAAAUUAAGCUUUUUUUGUGGCGUCUAUGCUAGGCAUCUUAAGCCAAUCAGUUACUUUGGUUUUCUCUGUCUAUGUCCAUUUUAGGCCCCAAAAUGCAUAUUGAAACCUUUCCAUGCACAUUUUGCUUAUAAUUCCAGCAGAUGGAUACCUUUUGGGCAGAAUUCGAGCAAGCACAUUCUUCAAAAAUGUUUGUGCUAUCAACAUGAUUGUCCCUUUCCUCCCCCCCCCCCCCCCCCGUGUUUUGAGAUUGUUUUCUCUGUCCAUGUCUUAAAAUGCAUUGAUUAUUCUUGAGCUCCUUCCAGGCUUUAUGCAUUUCCUCUUGCUGCUCAUGGACUCGACUGGCCUACGUCUUUAGAGAGGAUCAGUUUCAAGCAUGUGUGCACUCCAAUUUUGCUGGUGCUUCCCAGGAGCUAGUCUUUAGGGUCCUGCUGGGAUAAGAUAACUUGCAGAUGUGUCAGGGAAAAGUCAGAGCCCAGCAGUAAGGGCUGGGGCAUACAUUUUAACAUUUUUGUGUGCUUUUGGGAAUUCUUUUGCUUUCAAACAUGUUGACAUUUGUUUUACAAACAAAAACAUAUUUUUCUAUUGCAAAUGUAGGUCAGUUUCAAAUAAGGAAUGAGAGCACUAUUUUUUUCUCCCUGAGAAAAUUAAGUUAUAACGAAUGGUCUGACAAUAUUGUUAAUGAUCUCUGCUAGAAUCAGAGCUCCCAUUUUUUUGAGUAGUGUUCAAACAGGCAAACGUUUGUUUGCCUGUUUGAACACUACUCGUUUGUUGUAGAGUGGGUUUUUCAUUUUGCAGCUGUUAUGGGUCCAGAAUCCUGUGAAAGUGGAAAAACCACAAAUAAAAAAUCUGCCAUUAUUUAUACCUGACAAAAUGCCUCUCUAGGAAUCUCCAGGUCCUCCAGUAUGACUCUAUGGCCAACUUCCUGUCCUACAGGACCUAAAGAUUCCCAGAGAUAACAUUUUAAAUCAAAUCCUUGAAUAAUCAAAUCCUCAAAAGUUAAACCCCCAACUGUUGAGGGUCGACUGCAAAUAAACAUAACAAAUUUCUGAAGUACAGUAAGUAAUGAAUAUGGGUUGUUGUAUGUUUUCUGGGCUGUAUGGCCAUGUUCCAGAAGUAUUCUCUCCUGACGUUUCGCCCAAAUGUAUGGGAGGCAUCCUCAGAGGUUGUGAGGUAGUAAUGAAUAUGUUUUAAAAUACAUACGUUUUAAAAAGAUCACUAUAGAAGCGUUGACUUUGUAUUUCAUAUGUCUCUUUCCCCAGCAUUUUCCCUUGACUGAAUAGCUGACCUUUUUGAUUCCCCUUCUUCUCUAUAAAAGAAAUACUCAUACCUUAUAAUCCAACUUUAAGUCUGUAGAGUUGAAAAAGUCUCCUGCAGUCUUCCUUCUCUGCAUCAAGAGUAAAGUAUCAUGUUAAAUAGAUAUGUGAUAAUUGUAGGAAAUGAUUGUACUGAUUGCCUUUUUAGUAGUGUGGGGAAUUUAAUUUAUUGCAAUUUCUGAAUAUCAUAUUGAUAUAAUCUAGUUAAGACACUGAUCAAGGUUUGCUGUGAAGUACAGUCAGUAUCCUUGGGAGACUAGUUUUAAGAUCCUUCAGAGAUUUCAACAUCUGUGGAUGCCCAGUCCUGUACAAGGGUGCCCUGCAGCAUUGCUUGUGCAACAGACCACUGCAAACACCAGUGAGGAGAAAACAUGGGGUUUCACACAUCUGUCCUCAGGCAUCCUCCUCAUUCUAGCUUACCCCUGAAACAGCUGCGUGUCAAGCAGGAAAGUAUGGUAGGGCAGACCUGCAUGCUGGGUGAUGGUGGGAGCCCUGGUUGCCUGGCACCAGCCCUUCCUUCCCUUGACCUCCCUCCUGCUUCACUGCCAGGUGAUGGCUCCAGAUGCUCACAAGCACUGCCUAAUGGCAGGAGGUGAUGUGGAUGUGCAAAUGGGCAUUUUGUAGCAUUACCCCUGUAGCAGCCCUACCGCCCUUCCGCUUUCAAUCUCCUGGCUGUGAGAAGAUUCUGUUUUUUGAAACAUAUUUUCAAAUUCACAGAUAGUUGAAUCAGUGGAUUUGGAACCUUCAGAUAUGGAUGGCUGACUGUACAUCCCUCUGUAUUCAGUAGUAGUUCCUCCCAGAUAAAUGUGGGAUAAGUGUACUACCUUAUUUGGAAAUACAAGCAGUCCCCAGGUUACAGACAUAUGGCUUACAUACAACUCAUAGUUAAGAAUGGGGGUGAGACAACAGGAAGUGAGAGAAAUCGACCCCCAAGAAAACCUCAGGGUCUCCUGUAAGAGUUAUCAUGGGAAAAAGGAGUCUCUUCUGAAGUUUUAUUACCAAUCUUUGUUUUCCACAACAACCCAAAUUUUAAAAUCCAUUUAUAACAGAGACGGAAAGUGAGGUGAAAUCUGAACAGGGACACAGACAGAAUUUUUUUUACCCUAAAUGGUUCUGAGUUAUACUUCAAAAAUAUACUUUUUCUGACUUCCAUACAAAUGCAACUUGAGAACAAACCUACAAAGUCUAUCAUGUUUGUAACCUGGGAACUGUCAUUAACCUCCAAUGAACAGAAGAGAACUUAGAUCUCUGGAUAAUCUAUAGGAUUACUUCAUGAGUAACAUCUCUGUUUUAGAUAGUUUUGUUUUUUAAUUUGAAGUUAGAAGGUUUCCAAGUUUUGCCAUACUGUGUUUUACUGAGGACUUUGCUAAGAAUACAGCCACCCUGAACUGUAGCAUGCAUCAAUUGCUAAGGCUUUUCAUGCAAGUGAUGCAAAACAAGCAAAUCAAAAGCAGACUUUCAAAUGAAUCAGAUGUAUGUACAAAGGUAUGGAGACAAUUUCUGAUUUGGUAGUAAAAUGCCUAUUUGUUAGGGGAUUAUGUCAGUGAGACUGACAGCUUAAUAGCAGGGUGGAGAUGGGGGAAUUAAUAGGUCGAACAAUCAGCCUCAGGGUCUCCAGAGUGCAGUAGUUUUUAAAGGCCAAUGGAUACACAUGUGUUACACAAGUGUUACCAUAAAAUAAUUUUUCUCUUGCAACCUUAGAUGCAGAUGAGGAAAUGGUUAGCGUCUUGGGCAAGAGAUAAUGGCUGUGUCCUGCUUAUGUACUGGCUUUCCACGUGCACUUUGUCUUCGCAUAGGUUUCCAGAUCUGGGUCUAGGAGGUGCAGUACACAUGUCCAAGCCACAUUCCCUCUGGAGUUUACAUCAUUUGUUUUCAUACAUCUAGUACAUUUUCUCCUUCUCUUCUCCAAGCUGCAAGGAAUUAAAAGCAGAAGUACUUGUUCAACAGAAAUAAGAAGUCCAAGUUCUCUGAUUUUCAGCUGAUUAGGAGCAUUUAAUUAGAUUGAUUUUUUUGUUCUGAUUUCAAAUAACUUUCUAAAGCAUGCUUAACUCCUGCUUUCAUCCCUUUGUGUGAUGCCCAGAGUAUUAGUGUUGUCGUAUUUCUUGUUUUAUUGAGGGCCUGGUCAAGGGCCUGAGCAUAAGAAGAAAACUUCAAGAUGAUGAGCUGUGUUUUCAACUACAAUUUAAGGCUGAGGGAAUGCUUUUGUAAUUUUGAAAGUAUGAAGCGUAACUGUUCUGUUCACUAGACAGCUUUUAAAAUAUCCCCAAACCAAAGCAUCCUUAAAGUAAUUGGUGCUUGAUGCUCGGUCUGAAAAGAAAUGUACUCAUGUAUGAGUAGACAUUUUCGUCAGAAAAUCGACUCCAAAAACCUGAGUCGACUUAUCUAUCAGUCAGUGUGAAUACUUUGCCAUAACUCUCAUCAAAAAUGGAACCGUUCCCUUCUCCGAGGGCAAAACUGAGAGCUUAGUCCGCCAUGGUGCUGCUACUGGCCUUUUUAAAUGCCUGGCUGAGAAGAUAGAGCCAAUAGUAGUGGCCAGGAUGGCUGACCUCCUGAGGUGCUUUCCCUUCCCUGUGAAAUGAUCCUUGACAUAUCUGCAGGUCAUAAUCAAAAUGUAUGAUUUUGGCACCAAAACUUGCCCUUGACUUAGACAUGAGGUCAACUUAUACAUGAGUAUACACAGUGCUUUCUAAAAGUGUGCGCUAGACAUGAGGGUUGUGAUGGUCAUCUACUCACCCCAGGAUUCCUAUCUUGGAUUUAUAGUUGCAUGUUGUUGAUAAGUUCUUUCAAAUACAGAGCCCUUUGAAUUCCCUGUGCGAGCUUAGCUUAGUGUACUUCUCUAUGCCUCUUUUGGAGAAGCACAGUGUCUCUUCUGCUGUCCUGCAGUAUUUACAAAGAUCAACGUCUGAGCUCACAGUACAUUCCUGAUCCCUGUGGCUUUGGUCCCAAGGAGGGGCUCAUCCUGGUGCCAUGGAUUGGCAAUUUCUGUUGUUAAAGUUCACAAGCCAAGAUGUGAAGCUCACUUGCCAGUUUCUUAGUAAUGAAAGAUUUAUUCUUAUGAACAAACCACAUUACCUUGGUGAAUAGAAUUGAUGUGACAUAAUGGGAAGAAGAGGUGAAUGGGGUGGAAAGAAGCUUAUUGAUCAUAAGAUAUUCAAACAUAGCAUUUCCCAGCUGCCCAAACACACCCACUUCCAUGGAUAUCUGGUGUUUAGAUCACUGUGGCAUUACUUACCCUGGCAACCUUUAAAUUUAUAAAACCUUGUACAACAGUUGUUUUAGAUCAGGGUAGAACUGCUAGCCAAAGUAUUAGUUUUGGCUUUUUUUUCUUUCCGCAACUGUAGAGAUACUUUAAAAAAAACUCUGCUGCCAAAUUGGGGAAGAUGCUGACAAUCUGAUUCAUCUCUUUAGCCGUGAAAAGAAAGGGACAAUCCUGAAACCUAUAUUGAGCUCUUGAUAUGAAUUAGGACUUGCAGCCCUUGUUCUUCUGGUUGGUGAACCAGAUUGUGGAUUUUGCGCAUUGCCUGCCCCUCCAGACCAAUUACUGGGUGUCAAACAAUUCAGUUACUUUAACAGAAAGGCAUUUACAUCUCAUGGGUAUUCAUCUCCUUCCCUUUGAAUUCCUUUUGUCAGGAGUUUAAUAGCUUAGGAAAGCUCAAAAAUGUUGUUUUGUUUUUUAAAAAAUAAGUUGUAUAAUUUGUAUUUUAAAGAAAAGCUAACAUGUAUGGUGGCUUUUAAGAGGAAACAAUAUGAUUUUCUUUUUUAAAUCGAAUGAGGGAAAUGCUGGGCUUUUCAGACUUGAAUGAAUGACUUUUAUUGUUUUUUUUUUUUUUUAAAUGAUGUUUUUCCUUGCAGGGAAUAUGAGUGAAAUAACUCACUUAUACAUAGUAAUGGCUCAGGGGCGACAGGGAAAUAGCGUGGUGUGUGUAUAUAUAUUAUAUGUAGGACAGGUAUAUUCACCAAAUUAUGGAACUUUUCAUAUGAAAGACUGUAAAUAUGCAAUACAUGCAGAGUUUUAUGUAGAAUUAUAAAGUAAUAUAUUGAAAACUUUUGUAAACCUUUGGGAAAUGACUGUAAAAUGUAAAUAAAUGAAAUUUGUAUGUUUGGGGGCCAUGAUCAAUUUUUACCUUUUGCAGUUAAAUACAACUGUUGGUGCACUUUUCCUCAUAUGGCUUUUCUUCAUUAUUAAAAAAAAUUAAAAAAAAAACUUCGUGUCAAUACAAAAA